UAUGGUGCGGCGAACGCGGACAGGAGGACCGGUUAGCUAAAGCAUGGUUCUGACUGCAGAGCCCUUCAAUGUUUUGAAGGAUUAUUAAAUAAGUUAACAAAGUGUUCUGUAGUGUAGCAGAAAGAAUUAGGCACUGGCAUCUGCACACAGGGUCCACUAUGGAGCCUGUGGUGCACCAGGUUCGGCAUAAAGUCUUCCAGACCCUUCACAGAAUCGGACUGCUUUCCCGAAGCCACCAUUCUGUCUGCACGGACCAUUCACAUACACCCGCCUUGUCUUCUGCUCGACAAAUGAAACCCACACUCCUGGUGUCUCGUCUUUAUCAGCCAUCAAACCUGCGUGAUGCAGGUCUUGACAGCCGAAUGCAAGGGGACGCUACCUGUAAGAGCCAGAGACUCAUGCAGCAAGCUGGACUCAUUUAUCCUUCCAAUCCAGGCUGCUACUACUAUCUUCCAGCUACUGUGCGCUCAAUGGAGAAACUGGUGAGAGUGAUUGACCAGGAGAUGCAGCAGAUCGGUGGGCAAAAACUGGAUAUGCCGAGUUUGUGCUCAGCGGAUCUCUGGAGAACCAGUGAGCGUUGGGACUUGAUGGGAAAGGAACUGUUCCGUCUAAAAGACCGUCAUAAUGUCGACUACUGUUUGGGUCCCACACACGAGGAGGCUGUGACCACACUGGUGGCUCACCAGACCACCCUGUCCUAUAGACAGCUCCCUUUGCUGCUUUACCAGAUCACCCGCAAAUUCCGAGAUGAGCCGAAGCCAAGGUUUGGUCUUCUCCGAGGAAGGGAGUUCUACAUGAAGGACAUGUACUCUUUCGAUGUUAGCGAGGAAGCUGCUCAUAAAACAUACGAGUCUGUGUGCCACGCAUACACUCAGAUUUUCACUCGACUGGGCCUGCGUUGUGUUCAAGUGCAGGCCGACACUGGGAACAUAGGUGGAAAACUCUCCCAUGAGUUCCAGUUGCCCGCCGACAUUGGCGAGGACAGGCUUCUGGUGUGUGGUAGCUGCUCCUUCUCAGCCAACGUAGAGACUAUGGCGUCGGAUAGAAGUGACUGCCCACAGUGCAAAAGCGGUAUACUAAUGGAGUCUAAAGGCAUCGAGGUCGGCCACACUUUCUACCUGGGCAACAAGUACUCUCAAGUGUUCAAUGCCACCUUCAGCAAUGGCCAGAACAAGACAGUUGUUGCAGAAAUGGGCUGCUAUGGCCUCGGCGUGACACGGAUUCUUGCUGCAGCCAUUGAAGUGAUGUCAACAGAGGAAUGCAUCCGCUGGCCAGGUCUUCUAGCACCUUACCAGGUUUGUGUUUUACCCCCCAAGAAGGGCAGCAAGGCUGAUGAGGCGACUGCUGUGGCGGAAGAUCUCCUUGACACUUUUGCAGAGACUUUGCCUCAUUUGAGAGGCGAAGUUGUUCUCGAUGACCGCACCCAGUUAACCAUUGGGAAAAGGUUGAAGGACGCCAGUCGACUGGGUUACCCGUAUGUUAUUGUGGUUGGACAGGGGGCGCUAGAGGACAUACCCAAAUUUGAGGUUAUCUGUCAACAAAGUGAUGAGACGUUGUUUCUUAGUAAAGACGAACUCUUACAGCUUUUAGGAAAAGUGGAAACCAUUUGAUUGGAAAAUUUAUAUUUUAAUGAUCGAUUAAUCAACUGCUUAGAAGUGUGGUGUUGUUAUAGUGGUAGUAGGAAUUCAAUCAAGGGCUUGGUAUGAUUGUGUGGCGUUGGUAAGAUUUAGUGUGCAUCCUUUACAGUAUAUCAGUAGCUCCCAAUUGUUGGUACCUUUUUUUAAUUUGGAAAAUUAUCAAGGUCAUUGAA